ACUCCAAAACAAAAAAACAUGCAGAACUCUGUAAAUGUGAGGUCAUGUGAUCUUACCGGCCAAGACCAAUGCACAGGAAAUAAUGAUAAAAAUGUUCUUGUCAUUUCUGGCCAUGAGGGACUUUGUGCCACCAAAAAUGAUCCAGAGUUAUGUACUUAUUCAUCCUGUGUUUACACCAAUGACAAUCCACUCACAAUCCCCUCUGAGAUUGAGAGCUUUGUUUGUGCUAUGCCACAUUUACCAAUAAAUCCUUUUGUGGUUGAGUGUUCUAUUUACACUACAGCUCUGCUAACCAGUUCCUUUCGCUGGUCCAAAAUGUUAACUUCCUCACAAGUAUGAAGAUAUGAUGCUAAACCAGUCAAACGUACAAUUACAGUAGCCUGCAAGACCAUAAAGACAUUAUUGUUGUUCAUGUGCCAUAUCCAUACCCAGUAAUUUUCAAACCCACCAUCAGGAGUUCCAUUUAGAGUUAGACAAAUUAGUGGAUUUUCUGAUACCAAUAACUAAUGUGGUGGAAAAGGCAGAUAUCCGAUUAAUCGGCUAAUCGUUAUAUAUAUAUUAUCUUGCUUCAAUAUAGAACACUUGAUUAUCUGAUCAAAAUAGCCAAAUAUGCAUUGAGUGAGGAUAAAAAUAUGGAUGAAUAUUGUCAAUGAUUUGAUAUUAGAUACAGCAAAACCCCACGAGGUGUCAGUAAUUAUUUCUAUUUCACCUCUAGGGGCCACUGUUAUACUGUAGAACCAAACCGUUCUAACUGUACGAUCCUCUAUCAUUGGCCACAGUGGAACAUGGAACAAUAAGUCAUUAAAAAAAUUGCCGCAAUCGGCAUACAUUUUUGCCAAUAACCGAUAGUUCCAAAAAGCAACAAUUGGCACCAUUUAAUCGGGAAAACCAGUAUAUCGGUUUACCUCUAGUUUCAUCUCUGUAGAAGAGGUCUGCACCGACAUUAAGUUGAAGCCCAAAACGGCAGUGGCGGAGCUAGGGGGUGGCUAGGGGUGGCCGUGGCCACCAUGGACUGAAUCCUGGUCACCCCAUUGUCCACCCCACUCGCAAUUGCCAUUUUUGGGCACAAGACUUAACAUGUACUGCCCUGAAAAUUUCUGUGCCACCACAGACUGCUCGCUGGCCCCUGCCCGGCCACCCCUGUGAAAAACUCCUGGCUCCGCCCCUGCAAAACGACCCGAAUCCGAAACUGUGUGACUGAGCGGUACUAUAAAAUUUAAAACUUUAAAUUAUUAUAAAAUUCCACCACUUGUGAACAAGACCCAGAUAUACUAAAACUCAUUAACUUGGGGAAACUGCUCGCUCACUACCUGCAGAGGACAAUCCACACUUUACCAUCAGAGAAUAAUGGCCUCAGAUUUGUGGUGCUGACCCUCAUCCCAACCACUUCACAAACCGCCUUAGUGAGUCCAUUGUUAGGUUCUAUUGAAUAAUUGAAACACUCUUAAAAUGUCAACAAAUCCUUGUAUGUACAUAUGACUAGUCUUCUUCCUGCUUCUGUUUCUUCAUUCUUCACUACAUUUCUGGUCCUGUUUCCUAUAUUGUGCAUAAAUGCUUCAUUACAGCUCCUGUUCUCAAUUAUAAAUGUUGACUCAGAAUACUGCAUAGCUACAGCUUCCACAUUUCAUUGCAAAGGUCAUUAAAGGUCAUGAUAUAAUGAAGAAAGAUGCUAUUUGCCCGCAUAGUGGUUUAGUUACAACAUCUACCAGCAGGGGCAAACGGACCUUCAUAAUCAGCAAAACCCUGAAAGAUAUUGUGCAUAUCAUAGAGAGGAGGGAGCGAGAGACACUGAAAAAGAAAGACAGACUGAGAGACACACACACAAAGUGGAGAAAGUUGGUGACCAUCAAGAACCACACAGAUGCAGCAGAAUGAUCCAGAUCUUUUGUGAUAAACUGCUGAAAUUUCACCUACUGCUCACCUCCCUCCACCUCAUGUCUGGGGUGAAAUGUGGGACAAAUAAGAUCUUGACUUACACAGCAUAUGAAAAAGGAAACGUGGAAAUACAGUGUCCAUAUGAGUCUAAAUAUGAAAAACAUGAGAAGUAUCUCUGCAGAGGGGAAUGCAAAAUACUAAAUAAAGACAAACCUGUAAGUUCUGGAUUGAGAGCAAAUGAUAAAAGAUUCUCUCUGAUUGAUAACUCAACUACCCACAUCUUCACUGUCACCAUCACUGAUCUGAGACCUGAGGAUGAAGGCACAUAUUGGUGUGGGGUAAAGACAGGCAUUGGACGCAGUGAUGAUUAUACAGAGAUUCUACUGGAUAUUAAACAUGAUGUAGGUUCACUAACCACGAUGACGGCGACAUCAACAAUAGCUCAAACAAUAUACAUCUGCUCAAACCAACCAGGAUCUACCCAUUAUACAGUCAACCCAAUGAUUGUAUCCUCAUCAUCAUCAACAUCAUCAUUAUCAUCAUCACAUUCAUAUUCAGUGUCAAGAAAACUGAAAUCAGAUUUGAUUGUGAUCAUCACGAUGUCAGUUACAGUGAUUCUGCUUGUGUUCGGAUUUUCACUUUUCGUGUGCUUUAGACAGAGACAAAAGAAUAAAGAUCAAGAGUCAUCACUUAUUGAUAGUGGCAAACUGCAAGAAACUGCUGAAAAUGGACUUCAGAGCGUCAAAAAUCAUCCUGGCUCACUACCCACCAACCUUUCUAGGACAGACAGAUUUGUUUAUGCCACGCCACAAUUACCCACCAACCCUUCUAGGACUGACAGAUCUCUUUAUGCCAUGCCACAAUUGCCCACAAAUCCUUCUGGGACUGAGAGAUCUGUUUAUGCCAUGCCACAAUUGCCUGCAAACACUUCUGGAACUGAGAGAUCUGUUUAUGCCAUGCCACAAUUAACCGCAAACCCUUCUGGGACUGAGGGAUCUGUUUAUGCCGUGCCACAAUUGCCCGCAAACCCUUCUGGAACUGAGAGAUCUGUUUAUGCCACACCACAAUUACCCACAAAUCCUUCUGGAACUGAGAGAUCUGUUUAUGCCAUGCCACAGUUGCCUGCAAACCCUUCUGGAACCGAGAAAUCUGUUUAUGCCAUGCCACAAUUGCCCGCAAACCCUUCUGGAACUGAGAGAUCUGUUUAUGCCGUGCCACAAUUAACCGCAAACCCUUCUGGGACUGAGGGAUCUGUUUAUGCCGUGCCACAAUUGCCCGCAAACCCUUCUGGAACUGAGAGAUCUGUUUAUGCCAUGCCACAGUUACCUACAAAUACCUCUGCAGUGGAGUGUUCAGUUUACGCAAUGGUCCAAUUACCCAAAGUUCACAAGACAUAUCUAGGUCAUGACGUUAAAGCAGACCUUUCCAGUAAGACCUAACCAUACAUCAAGUCUUAAACCUUUUCUGACAUAUACAUUACCGGUCAAAAGUUUUGAAACACUUUC